UCUAGUUUGUUUAUUGGUAAUUUUUACUUUUUUUAUUUAAAAUAACAAAAGUGACUUAAAUAAUAUUAGUGACUUAAAUGUAAAUGCAGCCAGUAAAUUACAUAUUUAAUCCGUCUCCUGACUCGAAGGGGACAGGAAUACGUGUUGACUACAUCAACUCAAGAAGCAUAUUGGACACUUCGCGCAUGCGCAUUCUUGUUUGUGUCGUCGUUUCCCUCCCGCAUCACUUCCUGGUUCGUCUCGGUUCUGUUUACAUCGGGCGCGAGCGCUGCAUCCAGACGACCGGACCGGGUUCCAGUUCGAGCCCAGCCGGUGCCGCGACCCGGUGCCCGAGGCCGCCCCGCUGUUUAACGCGCGCGCGUUGGAUCCCCAGUAUCUUUCGUGUCGCUAGUUCUCUCAACAUGUCCCCCGCCGCCACCAUCCACGCGCAGCUCGCCUCCAUCAUGGAGGCGCUGGCCAACACGGCGGUGGCGGAGAUCUGCGAGCUCGUGGACGGCGGCUACGCGGUGCUGCAGCUGGAGAUCUCGCGGAGCCGCAAGGAGAACGACGGGCUGCGGAGGAAGCUGCGGCUCGCGGAGCUGCGGGCCGCCCGCGCGACCGCGAUGCGCGUCGCCGCGGCGGCGGCGGCAGGCGGCGGCGGACACGGGCCGAGGAGAAGCGGAACACCUGGAGGCUUCAGAGCGUCCAAUCAGGAGGCUCCGCGGUGCAGAGACCCCGACCCAUCGCGGGCGGCGAGCGGAGCGGCGGCAGGAACGCCAGGCGGGGCGACCAAAGCCACGGUGACCAAAGCCACGGUGACCAAAGCCACGGUCACGGUGAUCAAAGUGGAGGACGACGAAGAGGAGGAGGAGGAGGACAAAGAGUUUUGCUGCGUCGUUGACGACCAGCUGCCGGAGACAGAAGCCCCGCCCCCGCCCACCAAACAGGAAGUAGCGUGCGGCGGCUCGUCUGUGCUCUGGACGAGCGGGGAAGUCGGCGGCUCCGCCUCCGAGUGCGUCCACAGGCCGGAACCCGGCGGCUACGACUGCCUGAUGUACGAGCCGCCGCCGCCGCCGCUCGCUACCCAGAAUCCUUUGCGCGAGGACCCCGGCUGCUCCUACGCGGCGAACGCGAGCGACCCGGUGGGCGUCGGCUUCCCUUUCGGCGUCCGGCGCCGGCAGCCGCCGCCGCCCGCGGAGAAGCCUGGGCUCCCCGGGAAGGAGGCGACGGAGAGACUCCUCGCCCUCACCGGGGGCGCCGGCUGGAGGCCUCAGGACGACGGCGACAGGACGUUCAGCUGCAGCUUCUGCGGCAAGACGCUGGCGUGCCUGAAGAACCUGAAGACCCACAUCCGGAUCCACACGGGCGAGAAGCCCUUCGUGUGCCCGCUGUGCGCCAAGCGCUUCUCCGACUCCAGCAACCUGAAGCGCCACCAGAGCGUGCACACGGGCGAGAAGCGCUACGGCUGCCUCCACUGCGGGAAGCGCUUCGCCCAGUCGGGCUCGCUGAAGGUGCACAUGGCGGUGCACACGGACUGCAAGCAGCUGCGCUGCCCGUACUGCGGCAAGACCUUCAUCUCCGGGGCGCACCUGCGGCGCCACGUGGCCGCGCACGCCGCCGACAAACGCUUCGCGCCGCCGCUCCAGUGACGGCCCGGGUCAAAGGUCAAAGGUCGUUCGUGAACCGGGAGCACGCUGAACUUUAUUUCACUCACAUUUCUUUAGGAUUUAAUAUAUGAUGGAUCUGCGUGUCACGAAAGUACAAAAUGAGUUUUAGUUUUAGGAGAUUCAUUAUGUUAGCGGCAACUAAAGUCCUGAGAGGCCGACGGGACGCCAUCUUGUUUAGUCCCAAAUAUAUCACACUGUUUACCAUGUGAAUGAGACGACCACAAAGACUCAGAGAGACUAACGGACCACAAAGACUCAAAGGCUCUAACGGACCACAAAGACUCAAAGAGACUCUAACAGACCACAGACUCAAAGAGACUAACGGACCACAAAGACUCAAAGAGACUCUAAUGGACUACAAAGACUCAAAGAGGCUCUAACGGACCACAAAGACUCAAAGAGACUAACGGACCACAAAGACUCUAACGGACCACAAAGACUCAAAGAGACUAACAUACUACAAAGACUCAAAGAGGCUCUAACGGACUACAAAGACUCAGAGACUAACGGACUACAAAGACUCAAAGAGACUAACGGACUACAAAGACUCAAAGAGACUCUAAUGGACUACAAAGACUCAAAGAGACUAACGGACCACAAAGACUCAAAGAGGCUCUAACAGACUACAAAGACUCAAAGAGACUAACGGACUACAAAGACUCAAAGAGACUAACGGACUACAAAGACUCAAAGAGACUCUAAUGGACUACAAAGACUCAAAGAGACUAACGGACCACAAAGACUCAAAGAGGCUCUGGCUCCAGGAGGCUCCGCGUCACGAUGACUUCCUCUUGGCUCGACCAUGUGACGUCGUUCUGUUCCUUAGACAUGAGCACAGCUCACGCUCCGGCCAAUCAGCUGCUUUGUUUACACGCCGAGAGGAAAACUGAAAGUCGUGUUUACGUUCUGAGAUUCAGUUUUGUAAUAAAAACAUAAUUUUGUCAUCUUCA